UUCAGUGUACAAUCUUAUCAGCCGAGUGAUUUACGCAGUGGACUAGCUCAAAACUUUUCUCUCCGGAAAUCCCAUAAAACUCGCUGAGAAAAAGAAGCAGUAACAAAAUGAAAAAGGGCAGAUUUCUAGGGCCUGCCGAAGAGAAGAUGACCUCGAAUUCGGCGGCGACGGUGGCCGAGACAGAUGAUCUUUUGAUCGAAAUUCUCACCCGAGUACCCACUAAACCACUGCUCAAGUUUAAAUGUGUGUCCAAGCGAUGGCUAUCUUUGAUUUCAAAUCCCCAAUUCGGUGCCUCCCACUUUCUGUUUCAACAGAGAUUGAAUCCCUCGCCCACUGCUCUCUUGAUCAAUGACUUCUACUAUAACGCUCCCAAUUUCCACAUCAUCCCUCUAAAUACAGAAAAGCUUCAUCUUUCCUUCGAUUAUCUGAACUUUCCUCACGUCCAUAUUCACCAAUCAUCCAAUGGCUUGCUUCUCCUCUGUUCUAGCUUUCUGGUCAGCCCCACCGAGAAGUUCUUGCCUGAUUACCACAGUGGGGUCUACCGUUGUAGCUCUGUGGUUACUGAUGACGAUCGUGGGUUCGUAUAUUUUCUCUGUAAUCCCACUACUAGACAAUUCAAGAGAAUCUCUUUUCCUAGUCCUCUGAAGCAAAAAUUGAGAAUUCCUUAUCCUCUCCUUUACUAUCAGCAUCAUGUGAUGUGUAUUUGCGUGGCUUUUGAUCCUAAACGAUCGCCAUACUACAAGAUCAUCGUCAUGCUCAAAAUGAUUAAGAGUACUGUUGAAAUUUAUACGUAUUCAUCUGAGACUGAUUCCUGGACUUCACGAACAACAGAUGUAACAGACCUGUGUAUCGAUGGCGAAUUCUCACCAAUAAAAUUAGGAAUCGGCUUUUACAGUGGGUUUUAUUGUAAUGGUGCGAUUCAUUGGUUCAGAAACAUUGGAAUUGCAUCAGUGGUCUACUUUGAUAUUGAUAAUGAGAUAUUCAAGAAAUUGCCUUUACCUCCUGAGUUGAAUGUGUGGUACUUUGGGGAGUCUCUUGGUCUUCUGUAUGUUAUAGGUUACAGAAAUUCUUCUCCCCCUUUAGAUUAUGUUGUUUUGGAGAUGGGAGCAGACUAUUCUGAAUGGCUUGUGAAGUAUGACAUUAAUCUUGAAUCCCUGAGAAGCGAAUCUCCUGAACUAAGCUGGAAUAUCUAUAAAGCAUUGAGCAUCAUUCGCGGCAAAGAUGAAAAAGAGUCUGUGAUGGUGAUAUUAGUGGAUGGUGUAGUAAUGACCUAUAAAGUUUCAGAUGGGACAUCCAAAACAAUUUUUGAUCUAGAGUGGGAAAUUCUUAUUGGCAGGUGCACACAACAUAUUAGUAGUCCAUAUCAGUACCUCGAGACCCUCUAUUGUGUUUGAUCCUAAUACUUUAGUACACAUAUAAUGAUACAAAGCAUCAAGUGUGCAACAGAGAGGUUAUGCCGGGAUACAGAGGAGCAGGAUGCGGAGACUGAUUUUUUUUAAAGGCUUACAUGGAUGUUUUAAAUUCUCAAUGUUGAGUUUCAAGUAGGAACGAGGAGUAAACUUGUGUUCAUGAACUUGUGACGUUUGAUUUUGCAACUAUUCCAUCUUCUUAAACCUACCAUUGUUAAAUUUAUAAUGAUUCGGAGAAUUUGAUUGUAAUGGUAGUGGGUA